UGACUCCAGUGGAAUCCAUUUUUAAAAAACAUAUCGAAAUUGCCCAUCGCUGGCAAAGCCAUAUUAGGCUACACAAGAAUGUUGGAAGCUCUUGGAACUAUCGCCCAUUUCUCAGAUUUUUGUAGCCUACUGUGGGGUUAAAACACUGUAAAUUAGAGAAGGCAGUGCUUGACCAAUUACACGAGACAAGACGCGAAUCCAAAAUACAAGUGGAUAAAGCCGGGAAAGGGAAGUAGGCUCCGCUUUCGCAAUUAAAAACGUGUUUGCUGCUUGAAAGAUGUAAUAGCAUAUUCAAAAAGUCGAGAAACUCUAAAUAUGAUAAUGUUCCUGUGGGCUCUUUAAAAGACGACGUUGGGGUUUGCUUAGCUAUAAAUGAGGGCAGCCUUGUUAUUUAUGUAUUACAGCCUAAAGACCAUGUGGCUGCUGUAUAGGCUAGACUGAUGUCCCCGAUUUAUUUCUGCACAUACGCACAUACGUAGGUUGUCAGAUGUGGAAAGUAAUUCGUAGUUCCCAAUUCGUAGUUCCUAAAUUCCUAUAACUGUUCCCUCGAACACGUUUAAGCAAUUUUUGUUCUCUUUAACUGAAACUGAAUAAUGAAUUAGUUUUGUCUAAUGUAUUAGAGCGUACUCCCAAGACAAUAACACGUCAUGUUUAUUUAUCUCUGUACACACAAUGGGAUUUACGUAUGGCUAUUUAUUUAUUUUCAUUUUCAGCAAACAUAUGAAAAAAAUACUUAAGUGGACAGAAUUGUACUUAGACUCAAUGAUCAAGUUUAAUUUAAAAAAGCAAUUUCUGGUCGUAAUGAAAAACGAAUGCGUUUCUAGGUCAAAUAGUGUAUUUGAAACUUUCUGUGGUUUUCUUUAGUAGCAUAUGCUUUUUUCUUGCUUGUAGUGUACUCAUCGCGUCUCAGAUGCGAUACUGACUCCACCUGCCGACAGGAGUGGAGAAUGAAAAAACAGUAGAAGAAAAGAGUCCGUCAGGGAUCCGGCGCGGCGCGCACCUCAUACUCGCUUCGCAAUGAAGAAUGAAAUUGGCUCUUCCGACUCCUCAGACAGGGAGCACCGCAAUUGUUCCGACUCACCUCUCUGUCAGGUAUCCACGCCGUCGGCUCUGUGAAGACGCGUGCGGUUUAGCGACGGAAUCGGGAUUAGGUAUAUGUUCUGACAGGUGAUCAAACAAAAUAUAAGUGGUGAAAACUUGAAUCAAGAACAUAAAAUCAAAAACGGAGGAUGGCGUCAAUUGGGGAAUUCGACCCAUUACACUCCAGCGUACCUGCAACUAAGAUUGAAGUUACGGUAUCCUGUAGGAACCUACUGGAUGUGGACACCUUCUCCAAGUCGGAUCCCGUUGUGGUUCUGUACGUCCAGGGCAUUGGGACCAAGGAGUGGAGGGAGUUUGGCAGGACGGAGGUGAUCGACAACACUCUGAACCCGGACUUUGUGCGCAAGUUUGUGCUGGACUUCUUCUUUGAGGAGAAGCAGAAUCUGCGCUUUGAUGUGUACAACGUAGACUCCAGAAGCUCGAACAUUUCAAAACACAAGGACUUCCUGGGACAGACGUUCUGCACCCUGGGGGAGAUCAUCGGGUCCACAGGCAGCAGGCUGGAGAAAACCCUCUCAGGGAUCCCAGGGAAGAAAUGUGGUCUUAUUAUCUUCACCGCAGAAGAGCUAAGUAACUGUAGGGAUAUAGCCACCAUGCAGUUGUGCGCUAACAAGCUGGAUAAGAAGGACUUCUUCGGAAAGUCGGACCCUUUCCUGGUCUUCUACCGCAGCAAUGAGGACGGAACGUUCACGAUCUGCCACAAAACGGAGGUGGUGAAGAACACGCUGAACCCUGUGUGGCAGCCGUUCACCAUUCCCGUACGGGCGCUCUGCAAUGGCGAUUAUGACAGAACGGUCAAGGUGGAUGUGUACGAUUGGGACAGGGAUGGAAGCCAUGACUUCAUCGGGGAGUUCACCACCAGCUACAGGGAGCUGUCCCGGGGGCAGAGCCAGUUCAACGUCUACGAGGUCUUGAACCCUAAAAAAAAAGGAAAAAAGAAAAAGUACAUAAACUCUGGCACGGUCACGCUGCUGUCCUUCAAAGUGGAGUCGGAGUACACCUUUGUGGAUUUCAUCCGCGGCGGGACCCAGCUCAACUUCACUGUGGCCAUUGAUUUCACAGCAUCCAACGGGAACCCCUCUCAGCCAACGUCCCUGCACUACAUGAACCCCUACCAGAUGAACGCCUACGCCAUGGCGCUCAAGGCCGUGGGAGAGAUCAUCCAGGACUACGACAGCGACAAGCAUUUCCCCGCCUACGGCUUUGGCGCCAAGCUGCCUCCGGACGGGAAGAUCUCGCACGCCUUCCCUCUGAAUAUGGACAGCGAAAACCCAAACUGUGUGGCAAUCGAAGGGGUCCUGGAGGCCUACUUCCAAAGCCUUAGAACCGUUCAGCUGUACGGCCCAACCAACUUUGCUCCCGUCAUCAACCAGGUGGCAAGGUCGGCUGCAGACGUGACAGAUGGCUCACAGUACUUUGUCCUUCUCAUGAUCACAGACGGGGUCAUCUCCGACAUGGUGCAGACCAAGGAGGCUGUCGUUAAUGCCGCCUCCCUGCCCAUGUCCAUCAUCAUUGUGGGGGUGGGACCCGCUGAGUUUGAUGCCAUGGAGGAGCUGGAUGGGGAUGAGGUCAGAGUGUCCUCCAGGGGGCGCUAUGCAGAGAGAGACAUAGUCCAGUUUGUGCCGUUCCGGGACUACAUCGACCGGUCGGGGAACCAGGUCCUGAGCAUGGCCCGGCUGGCUAAGGACGUGCUGGCGGAGAUCCCCGACCAGCUGCUGUCCUUCAUGAAGUCGCGGGGGAUCGAGCCCCGCCCGGCUCUGGCGGCCACGCCCUCACCCGCCCUUCACAUGCGCAUCUGAUAAGGGGCGGAGACUAAGGGACGGUCACACCACUGUCACCACGCCUACCCUCUUCAGCCCCUCCCCCCCCCCAACAUUCCCCAUUAACUCGAGUCAUACUGUAGAUAAUUCAGGAUCCUCCAAGAAAUCCACUUUUUGCUUUGCAGCUUUGCAAAUUUCUUGUCUAAACACUUCUCUGCAGCUUCUUGGGCAAAUGCAGAAAAAGACAAUAUUCUGUUUAAGCUAUGAGUAGCACAUCCACUAGCUUGCGCCAAGCCGCUGGGAAGGAGACGUUGCUUACGAGCUCCAUAUUGACUGUCAUCUUUUCAACAAACUGCCAACAGACACCGACUCCAGGAUGACUCCAGUCCCAGCUGGUUCUUCAGCGUUGAUCAUCUCCACACCUGUUUUCUUUCAGAUAAGGACCUAUACCUGCAAAAAUGGUUCAGAGACCGACUAAACAGUGCUCUGAUCAAACUCUCCCCGCUUUCUGUCUCCCCAAAAUUGUGUUCCCCGGUCACGGUUGGGGAGGUUCGAAAGUUCUUCUUUAUUUUUUCGACGCACAUGCACAAAUGUUUGUUUAUCGAUUUAUUUAUUGAGGAAAAGCGUUUGCGAAAAAAGACGCGGGAGAGAAGACGGUGAGUGGCGGGCCACCUGUUCGGCAGUGCCAGCUCCCCCUCCCCCGCACUGCGCGGUGACUGUCGGGAGCGCUCGUCUCCUGCUGGAGCAGAAAUGCCAGUUGCCCAGGAAUCCCUGCAGAGUUAGCACCGGGCCGGGGGUUGGG